AUGAUGUUUGCGCGCGCGUUCGCGUUUGUCGCGUUAGUAGCUUUUGUUCAGGGCAAGAGGAGCAAUGACGUGUCGCUACAAGUGCCAGGGAACGCCACGCACGUCCAAGCAAACAUUCGGACGGGUGUGGACAAAUGCCGAGGCGUGAAUCUGGGCGGGUGGUUGGUAGCGGAACACUGGAUGACAGCGGAUGCACCGUUUUGGCAAGACGUGGACAGCCGGUUUGCCGAUUCCGGCGAGUACGCGGCAAUCACAAAGGCAGCAAACCCUGACAAGGUCCGGUCGAAGCUGAGUGACCACCACGCGAACUUCAUUACCGAGGCGGACAUCCAGCAGAUCGCAGCAGCAGGACUCAAUACCGUUCGAGUGCCAGUGGGGUUCUGGAUCAUAGGCUACGACAAGCACGACCCAGCAAGUCAGCGCGAGUGGGAAGUCUAUGCGAAAGGAACGAUCGCGUACCUCGACCUGCUCAUUCGUGACUGGGCCCAGAAACACAAUAUCGCAGUGCUGGUCAGUUUGCACGCCGCCAAGGGGUCGCAGAAUGGUGCGGACCAUUCCUCCCCGCCACGUCCAGGACACGCGUUCUGGAGUCAGUACACUGAGAACGUUGCCAACACCAUCGAAGUGGCGAGGUUCCUCGCGGACCGAUACCGUCACGACGACGCCUUCCUGGGCAUUGGUCUGUUGAACGAACCUAAUGGAAGCACGGACGAAGCUGUUGUGUACCAGUACUACAAGGACGCGUAUCAAGCCGUGCGGUCGACAGGCAGCGACUGCGUGCUGAGCAUCAUGCCAAUGCUACAGAAGCAGGGUCCGGACGAGUUGGCGGGUUUCAUGUCGGCACCCGAGUUUGUGAACGUCUGGGUCGAGUGGCACCCGUACUUUGUCUGGGGCUUCGAGCACGCGUCGGACGAGCACUUGGUGAACGUUGCAGUGACCACCGAGUACAAAGGACGCGUGGACAAGUGGAACGCACGUCCGGGCCACAAUCGCUUGUUCCUUGGCGAGUGGAGCUACGCAACGGCGUCCAACUUGCACCGCCGUGACCCCAACUACUUUUACACGUUUGCCAAGGAGCAACUCAAGGUGCACGAGCGAGCAGAAGGCGGGUGGACGUUUUGGACGUGGAAGGCAACAGGGGUCGACAAGAGCGACGUGGACGCCUGGUCACUACAGAAACUACUGGCGGACGACCGGAUCAGCCAACUCCUGCGCGACGCGAAGUAG